UUAGAAAAUCCUCCAGUUGGUAGUUUCAGGAUUCCUCACAAAGUAAUUUUACUGGAAGACCUGGAUUUAACAUGUGUUGCAGAUAGAGAAAAUGGUAGGAUUCAAUGUUUCACUAUGGUUUCAGGACGUUACCGUUUCCAGAUUCAGGGCGAAGAAUUUGGUGGAACUCUGUACUCAAUUGCUUAUGCACAAAAUAAAGGGCUGCUUUUUGCAGUUUGUGGUGAGAGUAUUUAUAAAGAUCACUUAGUUCGAGCAUUUGUAUUUAAUAUAACUGACCAGAAGCUGCUGAAUGUCUUUGCACCCAGAACUGGAACAUUUACAAGACCUCAUGAUAUAGCAGUCCUUCCAAAUGGAGAUGAAGCAUUCGUUUGUGAAAUAGGACCAAACCUUAUUUGGAAAUUUAUCAGAGUGUAUCAUAAGUCAACAAAGAAAGUUCUGAGUAUUCCUGAUGUUGAACUUCAUGCAUCUCAAGCUACAGGUAAACCUGAGAAGUUGUAUAAUGUAAUCCCUGUGAACAAAGAUCGGGAUAUGGAAAAGAAGACUCCAAUAGAUGAAGAUUCUAGUGGCUUUGAAACAUCACUUAUAAUUAUGUCUCUUUUAGCCAUUCCUGUUUUAUGUUUGGUUGUUGUAACAAUCAUAGUACGUCUAAGGAGAAGAGGUAAAUUACAGCAAUCAUAUUUUGGAAACUUGAAGGGUUGGUGGGGUGGAUAUCGAACUCCACAUCCCCAAGAUAAGUUUAACUUGGGAAACCUACUGAACCCACACAAAGGUUUUGAUAGAGUUUCUCUAGAAGAAAGUGAUGCUGAGGGAGAAGAAGGCAGUGAUUCAGAUGUUGAGGAAUAUAGUGCAGUUGCCAAGAAAACUUAACUUCCAUGUAUCACUUAAAACCUUAAGUACAAGGUCAGAAUAUAGGAAAGAAGAGAUAUCCGAACUGAAACAAGAUGAGAAUAUAACAUUCCACUGUGAUUUAAUCAAAUAUGCAUGAAUAACUUUUAAAUACAUACUUAAUUUUUAUUUCUUAUCAAUUUAACAAGGAAUGCUCUCUGGCUCUCUGAUAUAGGCUUUUUUUUUUUUUUUUUUUUUUUUUUAGUAAAUUAGAUCUGAUUAAACUUUAUUUUUUUGGUAGUGUUUAUAUUUGUCAUCAUAAAUUAAAAUAUUAGAAAAAUGUGAUUUAAUUUCUGCUAAAUAUUUAAGUAAAGGUGAUUGUUUAAAUUAUAAUUUUGAAAUUUUAUAUACAAUGCUUUUAUUCCUUGAUCAAAUAUUUUUUUUUCACAUAGGCCACAUUCCUGUAUUUAGUUUUGUCCUCUAUGUUACACAGAUAAAUUAUUUUAUAGAUUUUAUAUAUCAGUUAAAAAUGUUAUUUAUAUUUUAAGAAAUUUUAGUUAUUAGACUUUUAUACUUUUAUUAAUUUUAAAAGGUGUUGUGUUGUACAGUCUCUUGUAGAAAUUACUCAUGCACAUAGGAAAAUCUUUUUCACAAUUAUUAUUAUAUUUUUUGUCAUAUUUCAUAUAUUGGGUUUAAUUCCGUGUUAGAACAUUUCAGUACAUUUUCUUCUUUAUUUAAAUUAAAAAUUACUUUGUAAUGUUUAGUGUACUGCAUUUGAUUAAAAUGUUAUAUAUCAGUUAAGGUUUAAAUAUUUUUUAAAGGUUAGAAGUUGACUGAUAAUUUUUAAAUAUUCAAAUAAUUUUUAUAUCAUUUUAAUUUUAUUAAUUUAUGUAAUAAAGUUAUCUAUAUUUUAUAUACAUGAGUUUCAUGAGUAAAAAUGUCUUAUGCUUCUGAAGCAUCAUUAAGUUUAAAAUUAAUGAAAGUGCUUUUUUUCCUAGUGUUUUGAUAAAAAUUAUAUAUUUUGAGUCUGAAUUGGAUAUUGAAUUUAAAUUUUUUAUAUAUUUGUAAAGCUCGCAUUUCUUUUUCAAUGAGCAUUUGAGUUAUUGUAAAUUUACUCACAUAUAUAAUUUUAAAAAUUUAUCCAUGAACUUUUUUACAGAUUGAAUAAAAGUGUUCUUUCCCCUUCUACUGUAUUUUUAUAAUCUGAUGUUCAUUACAUAUAUAUAUUACAUAUAUAUCUAUCAACAAAAAAGAUUUUUUAUUUAAAAAUAUUACCAUAAUUCUUUAGAAAUGUAUUUUUUAAUCAAGAUAUUUUUAUAAAAAUUACUAGUUUUUAACUUUUAUUAUGUAACUGAAGCAAAGUAAUAUUGGUAAUGGAUUUUCAAAUUUUAUGUAAUUAAAAAAAAUAGGAAAGCUGAUUUUAACCUUCUUGAUCUCAAAUAAUUUAUUUAUUUGAAACUAAACCUAGCACUAAAAUCAUGAUUAACAUAAUGAUUUUUCUUUGAAUUAAAUACAGAACUUCUAAAGUUUUAGUUGCAUAACAAUGAAUGCCCAAUUUUAUGAUUGUUGUAGUGAUGUAUAUUUUUCUAGGUAUGAUUAAAUAAACCAUAUCAUUAAAAAAUCUAUUGUCUGUAACCAGCAGAAACUAAUGCUUUUCUUACUAUUUAAAAAGAAUUUAAUAGAUUUUUAAAAUACUCUUUUUUGCUUAAUUUAGAAAAGCAUUGAUGUAUGAUACUCUACAGAAUGCAUCCAUAAGAGGUACACCUUAAUUUGAAGAUAAAAUUUCCUUAAUCAAAUUUAGAUGUUAAUGUGAUAUAUAAGCUUUAUUAUUUAUUAUUGCGUUGAAUUAAUUCACUUUUACAAAUACUUUGGAUAUUUUUUAUUUUUAUUAUGGUAAAAUAAUCAGUGUAGUUAAUUUUACAUAUGUAUGUCUGUAGAACCAAUUGAAUAUUUUAGAAGUGAAAAUAAAUGUGCUUCUGAAAAUGAAUGUACAAUAGCGCAGCCAUUUUUCAGUGCCUUUGAUUUUGUAAUUACGAAUGUAUAAUGAUGAAUUUAAUUGACUGAAUGGAAAGAAUCUGAACUGGAUUAUAUAAUUAUGGUAAAGCGCAUUAGAGGUAUGUGUCUGUAGGAAAGGAUACAUUCAUGAGAAACGUUUUAGAGCAAAAUAGUUUGUUACACGUGGAGGAAAACAACGAAAGCCUCAUACGGCCAGUAGGAACAGAACAUGGGGAAAGCUACUAUUUCGUGAUUUUAGCCAUUUGGCUAUUUUUUGGUCCUAAAAGUAUGGUUGCUUAUUGUGUUAGAGGCCUGCCUUAAGAUGAAUACUUUCAUGGAGGACAUUUUUAAGGGCAAUUGUCUCAUAUUUAAUGUUACAUAUUUGGUUAGAUCUUUAUUAUGAUAAAGCAAAGAUAAUAUGCCUCAAAGAAUGCCGUCAUGGAUGACAGUCUAAGGAAGCAGUUAAUAUUCACAUUACACAUAGUAGUUCCCAUGGAUUAAAUGCAUUCGGCCACUGUUUAGAGAUUUUAUUCAUUCUACAUUGGUAGACAGCUAGUUUGGAAGGGGGAAAGAAAAAUUUUGUGUGUCAAAAAAAAAAAAAAAAAAAAAAAAAACUUUUAAGAAAUCAAAUUCAG